GUGGUGGGGUCGUGCCCUCAACCAGGAAUGAGGGGGAGACCCCUCACUCCGCAGGCCCGGCUGGCACAGACAGCGCGAAUGAAAAAUCAAGUCAAGACUAGUACCAGCCAAGAGUCUCCAAGGGGGGGACACGAACCAGGGAAAAGGAAAGAGGCUGUGGAAGUAGAGGACGACGAUGACGAAGAGGAAGAGGACGAGAGGCUCCGCAGAGAAGAGGAUCAGAGAGCGGAGCAGCGGGCAAGGAAAAAGGGGACCAGGGGAGAGGCCGAACCGAUCAUACAUGACGGACCGCCCAAAAAGAAGAAAUACGCGGUCCGGUUGGAAGAAGGAUUCGACGUCGAGAAGGUGAUUGACCGGCUGCUGGAAGGGCAUAAUGACCUCAUGACCCUGAAGGAAAUCCUAGCGUCAGCCCCGCGACUCCGCGAUGAACUGAAGGGGAGGUUAUCACGGCGCCUGGUGCCCAAUGUCCAUCUGGGUACGAUCCUGCACAAGGAGGCAGAGUGGGCAGAGUCAGGUACGAAGAUGGACUGGAAGUGCGUAGCCUGCGGUACGGUGGAUUUGAUGGUGAAGGGUUCCAAGUGCGCAGCAAUGGUGGACACCAGGGCAGAGAUGAACAUUAUUCGGGAGGCGGACGCGAUCAGAUUCGGGCUGGAUAUAGACCGUUCUGACUGCGGUAUUCUGCAUGGAGCUAGCUGUAAGGCCAUGAAGGGGAGGCGGUGGAGAAUACGCCCCCAGUUGAUGGAUUUCUGGAUCAGAAAGAAGAUGUUCGUCUUCAUAUCAACAUGGUCGCCGCGAGUGCCCAGCUGUGUAGGCUAUCCUAUCUGGCAAGCGCCAAAGGGGUAUGAAAGGAGAAAUGAGCUAGUCUUUAAGCCCUUUGAGGAAGAAGAUCCCUGGGGCGGUAAGGAUGUUCAAUGGAUGAUGGAGCUAGCGCUGGCCAGCUCGCAUAGCCUGAUGGAGGACAUGAGAACGAUUGAGGAAGGACCUGGCCAGGUAGAACGACAUGAGGACCUGAUGGGAGGAAUGUAUCUCCUCGUCAACACGUUAUUGCAGGAAGGCCUCGACCAGUCAGGCUCGUUGAACUGGACAGGAAAGGUGGACGAAGUGCCCGAGAGCCAGGACGACGAGUUCGAGGAGGGAGAGAUUAAGGAGGCUUUUCGUGUAGAGGAGUACGACGGGAUCUACCUAGAACUGGGGCUUCUUCUGUCAUGUGAAAUGCGGCUAAGGGAUGCAAGCGAAAGGGCUCAGAGGAUGCUGCAGCGCUACUUAGUGCGAGACGACCACCUUUUCGUGAGAAGAGAAGUGGGGAAACCCAGGAGGGUCGUCUGCGGCAGGAAUCGUCAAAUCGACGUCGUAGCAGCACUACACGAUGGCAUUGCAGGAGGGCAUCGAGGGGUACAAGCCACGUAUGCCAAGAUAAGUGAACUGUACUACUGGGAUGGAAUGAUGGACAUGGUCGGGAAGUUCUGUCGAUCCUGCGUACCCUGCCAGGAGAGAUCCCGUUUAAGGCAGGGAGAGCCGCUGCAUCCAAGGUUAGAGCGAGAGGUAGGGGCCAUAGUGCAUCUCGAUCUGCUUUUUAUGCCACUUGGGGAUCAGGGCUAUAACUAUAUCUUCGAUGUGCGCGAUAACCUGUCUGGGUUCAUAGACGGGCGUGCUAUUCGCACCAAGACCGGGUUAGUCUUAGUGAGCUGCAUCGAGGAAUAUUACCUGCGUUACCCUUUCGUCAGGGAAUUCGUAAUGGACAGGGGAUCGGAGUUUACCUGCCAGGAGGUGCAAAAAUUGUUAUCAAGCUCAUGCCCUGGAGCACCCAGACCUGGAGGAGCCAGCACCUGCAGAGCCACGUCAGGAGUCAUGCCAACCCGAGAAGGAGAUGGAAGCAGAGAUCCCAAAGAGGGUCGAUCUCCGCACGAGGGAAAGCCAGCUGGAGAGACGGCUGAAGAAAAGAGGGCGAGACGAACCAGGCGGAUAGAUGAGAUAUGGCAGGAGAGGCAGAGGUUGGAGGCAACGGGGGAGCUCCCGGAGCAGCAGCAGGAGAGGCAGAGAUCAGGGGCAGCAGGAGCACUCCCGGGUCAGCCACCCAGCGUGCCAGCCAAGGCCCCGGAGAUUCCUGAGAUGUGGAGAGACUUCUGGGAGCAGAGAGGAGAGGAGCUUCCAUCGCCAGUUAGAGCCGGGUUUGGGGUGGCCAGGAAGGCGGAAGAAAGGUUAAAUCGUAAAAUCAAGUUCCUGGCCAAGACCACUUUUGACCGGCACUUGUUAUUGGAGGGCGAUCUGGCGGGGAAGAAAAUGAAGGAAGCCAGCCAUGGAGUACGUCUGGAGGCUAUGGAGAUGGAAAUUCAGGAACUUAGGGCUUUGGUGGUCAGCCAGGCAGCUAUCAUUGAGAGCCUGAGGCAGCAAACCCAGGGAAAGGUGGACAGACCAGAGAGCAGCCGGCAGGGAGAGCAGAGGUAGCCAAGACAGGGAUUGCCAGGACAGCCAUCUGCGACAGAGC